AGGAAUAGAAGAGAAUCAACCAAAACUUAUCUACUUGUUAUCUGUGGGUAAGAGUCCUGUAUAUAAGACACGUUACCUUCCUUGAAAUUCUUUGUCUCUGGCAAAAUAAUUUGAAGAUUUUUUCUCAGUGUUUUAGAAGACUACAGUUAUAGAGCCAAGAUGAGAGUCUGUAUUCUAUUGUUGUUUAGUAUUCUAGUAAUAAUAUUAGCAAUUUCAUCGGCUGAUGAGAGUACUAGCUUUGAUUUAAUGGAAGCUGAGUCAGAAUCGAAUCGACCCCUCAACAGACACCGCCGAUUCUUCCAACGAAUCAAAAACUUCAGACAGUGUUGGAGACUCAGCAAGGAUCCGACUUUUGUCGAGAACAACAAGAACCGUUCCCAGUACAAGCACUACAAGAACCGUUACUUGCUCAAAGAUAACAAUUACAUCAAGUAUGAGAGCUGUUACUGCAAGGAAAAGUGAUCACAUCAUAAUCAAUCAUAUCAAUGACAGUUGAAAUGACGAGACAUAAUCAGUCACUCAUUCAUAAAAUAGUGAACUUUUCAGGAGGGCUACGCUGGGGGUGGGAAGAAAAAGAAAAUCUCAGUACCCUUAUUGAAUUAUUUAAUCACAUAUUAAAUAAAAAUUAAAAAAAACAUAAAAAUCUCAGUACCCUUUUUGAAUUAUUUAAUAUGUGAUUAAAUAAUUCAAAAAGGGUACUGAGAUUUUUCU